AUGGCUCAAUCGCAACCACAACAGCCCCAAUCCCAGCCCCGGUUCCAGGUAACCUCAACUCUCCGCUACGACCCAUCCCUCCCCAACGACUCCAACAUAUCAUCCUCAUAUCCACACCCCAGAGACUCCCAUUACUAUCUCCUCAGCUACCACCACGCCCGCCUGCUUUCCGCCGCCAUAGACUUCCAAUGGCCCGCUGCCGCCGCGGCCUUGCAGCAUCCUAAUCCCGAUACAUGCCGAUCCAACCUCGCCCAAAUUUUCAACAAAUAUAUCGCCGGCGACCCAUCGCGGCCGUGGCGAUUGCGCAUUCUCCUCGACGCCACGGGUGAAAUCACAGUCGAAGCUGCCCCAAUCGUCAUCUCAACACCGCCUUCGCAACCCUUGCUGAUAUUACCGGGCGACGGGUGCGAUUUCUCUACCCUCCUACCAGAAUCAGACACGAUAGAUACACAACUCCCCACUGCAAACAGAAAUAUACAGAAGAUAGACCCAUGGAUUCUCCGCCUGGACACACAACCCACCACCCCCUCCCUCUUCACCCGCCACAAAACCACACUCCGCGAAAGCUACACCACCUCCCGCGCGCGCGCGGGCAUUACUUCCCUAUCCGAUCAGACGGAGGUGUUGAUAUAUAACCACACUGGCGAGGUGAUGGAGGGGAGCAUCACGACGGUAUAUUUUCGGCGGAGGCGGAGGACAGCAGCGGAGUGUGAGAGUGGAGAGAGUAGCGUUGACGAUGAGGGCGGCGGUGAUCGAUAUUACUGGGUCACGCCGCCACUGUCGAGUGGGGGGAAUGCGGGGACGUCGAGGAGAUAUGCACUUGCGGCAGGGUUUUGUGUAGAGGAGGUUGUGAAGGUUGGGGAGUUGAGGGACGGGGAGGUGGUAUGGUUGAGUAAUGGGGUUAGGGGGUUUGUGCCGGCGGUGUUGAGGUUAGAGUAG